UUUGAUUGAUUCGAAAAUUAUUCCGGGAAUGACUGGUAUAUUCAACGUAACGUUGUUUGUUCUUCGGCGACGUGAGUCCGAUGAUGCUUUGCCGAUUUUAUCCCUUGUUCAUCCAGGGGUGCGAGGCGGAAUGAGCGCGUCAAGAGGCGAGCGAGUUUGACUUUGCAACCGCUGUGACACACAAUCCUGUGACUCUGUGGUGGAUGUGACUCCGCCCCACGGCGACAGGACUCGACGUUGCCUUCUCAGUUAGUCCUGCAUCCAAACUGUGCGGCGUCGGUCUCAUCCCGACGGCAAGCGUCGCUAUCCUCUCACAACAAACAACAACAAACAAACAAUAAACUAAUAACAACAAUCCUCCCUCGCGUUGCGGCCGAUAAUACACGCAGUUCAGUUCUCUGGUGAUACUACGUAAUACUACAGUUUCUUACCUGGAGACUUCUUCUAUGCUUCAAAGACCGUUUCACCGGGAAAUCGUUUAGUGGAUGUGCAGUGAAAUUGGCAAUCUGGAGACCGCGAGUUUGGCCACUCUUCUAUCUCUGAGGCCAUCGGGUGCGGCCAUGGACCUCACAACCGCAUACCGCUACAAUCAAAAUAUGAUGGAAUACUAUACGUGUCACGGUGGGGUGAACCAAUUAGGCGGAGUAUUCGUGAACGGAAGGCCCUUACCGGAUGUUGUGCGUCAAAGGAUAGUAGAGCUGGCGCAUAAUGGGGUGAGGCCCUGCGACAUCUCGCGCCAAUUACGCGUGUCCCACGGAUGCGUCUCCAAAAUCCUAUCAAGGUAUUAUGAAACGGGUAGCUUCAAAGCUGGAGUGAUCGGCGGGUCGAAGCCUAAAGUUGCGACGCCGCCAGUCGUUGACGCCAUCGCCAACUACAAGAGAGAGAACCCCACGAUGUUCGCAUGGGAAAUCAGGGAUAGACUGCUGGCCGAAGGGAUCUGCUCACAAGACAACGUUCCCAGCGUCUCAUCAAUUAACAGGAUCGUGAGGAAUAAGGCGGCAGAAAAGGCGAAACAUGCUCACCAAAUAGCGACAAGCGGCGGGACCGGACCUGGUGGAAACACCGGAACCGGAAACGCGGGCGGCGGAGGAGGCGGAGGCGGUGGUCCCGUCUCCGUCAUAGCCCACGCUCCCGCCACCCAACUCACCGAACCCAGGUCAGGAGCAUACAGCAUCAACGGCAUCCUGGGACUGCAACACGACCCCAACGGAAAUAGCAUCAAGAGGAAACGAAUCGAAGAUCACGAUGAAAACAGAGAUAUCAACGGACAUCCGGAGGAUGACCUGAAAAGGCAAAGAUCGCAAUACAAUGGUGAUCAGCUCUACUCGAAUCUGUGGUCCAGUAAAUGGAGUAUCAAAGAUGAGCACAAGCUACUGUCGGAAUUGGGCGGAACCGGAAACCAGCCGGGACAAACCGGAUAUUACGACACGCACAGUACCUUCCCAGGCGUCGCGAGUUCCGCCGCAGACCUCUACGACACCAUCAACACCAUGAGCCAAGCCACUUCUCAGGCGAAUCUCUACACACCGCCUCUCACAGGAUCACUUGAUUUAGGAAACGGCUCGCUAACGCCCUUAGCCCCAAUCACUAUGCACGAAAUGAAAAUCGAAUCGACGCGAAUCUUAGAGCCCGCCUUGUCGCCCUAUCACACAGCUGAGACUAGUUCUCCGUACAGUGGCGUGGUAGGAUUGGGUUCGGCCGUCGACGGGGCAUCCCCCGGACUGCCGCUCGCACUUCCGGCCGAACCCGGAAGUCAGCCGACGUCGCACACCGGAUCACCGGAUCCCGCCGCCCUUACCGUACUGCAGCCAUCCAAUGGCGCCUCUCAACAUUACUCCACAAUGUUACCUAGUUUUGGUUACACCUCAGCAGGUAGUACGGUAGUACCAGGAUCGGAUUACGCAUACAGCACGGCUUACAGUCAGUACGGAGCGGCUUACGGUACCUACGGAUACGGAAGCGCGUCCAGCGGGUUGCUCAAUUCCGCUUAUUACUAUACGAACAACGAGGUGCCGAUGAACAGUUCAGUCGCAAAUCUAAACGGAAGUAGCGUCGCAACGCCAGAAGAGAACAGCAGAUCGCCCCUUGCGGCAACAAGGGCAAACUCUCUGGCCUCCGCCAACUCGCCGACAGAGAGCGGAAGUGCGUGCCUGAAAUCCGAGGAAACAGUGAUCUUCGCCAGUGAUCUGAACAACCUAUGCUAAAGAGCCAAAAGCCAAAUUCGUGUGAAAACAAACUGAGAGUGACACAAAUCUAUGGACUAUAUUGCUAUGUAUAGAUACUGUAUAGAUUUAAGGAAUACAAUGAUAGUUUGCAUGAUUUUCGAAACUCCCCGAAUCUUUGUAAAAAAAUUAAAAAAAACGAUUACAAAAAGAAGUAAAUGAUCGUACCACGCCCCUCACAUAAAUUAUAUAUGUACUACUACAGAAAACAAGUGAAGCUCGCCGAUUUUAAAUUUAAAAUUUGAAUGGUCUCAUUAUUUGCUUCGAAAACUUUA